AAGCGCUGCCUGUCCGUCCCUCGGGACUCGAGCUCACCCAUUGUUCCAGCCCGCUCCCCCUCCCGCCCUCUACAGGAUAAAAGUACGUUCGUCGUUUCUUUCAAAACAAAGCCCCCUCGUCUGUCUGAAAUGUAUGAAGUGUAUGAGGUGUACUCCUGUAUUCACGGCACUCUGGCCCUCUGUGCUUCAGGCGAGUGGAGCUGCACUGUAUUCGAUGUCCAAGCCCCCCUAUUCCAGACCGCACGCUCCGGCGUGGGCUGCAUGUCUGGUCGAUGUGGCUUGCCCCCUAAAUCAUGCGCUGCCAAUCAAUGCCCGCACUGCAGCGCUGCAGGGCAGGCGAGUCAUUGAUCCUUCUCCGCCAUCGAAAGAUGCAUCUUCUUCCAUCCAAUCGUCACUCCUGAACACCUCCCAUAAUCGCACAGUCGGAGAGAAAAUAAAUGACAGCACAUCAUCUCACCUCGCGCCCUCAACCCCCAUUCAUCUUGCGUCCCCUCAUGCUACGCCCAUGCUCGUGCUCUCGUCCCAAGCGAUCCCAUCUGACUCCUCCACCCAAACGUCGACCCUGACCUUUGCUCAUGCUGUCGUGUUCCCAAGGCCCAAAUCUCGAAAGCUAAACGGAGAAGCGCUCAGAUGCAUGGUCAGGGGUUGUCGAUCUGUGAAGACGAACCACCUGCGCCCGCAUAUCUCGCGGCGCUUGUAUGCAAGGCGCGCUGCUGACUUCUCCCGAUUCACCCAGCCAAAGCACCGCAAAACCAAAGCACCACCAAAGCUUCUGCCCAGCCAGUAGUCGCCACCCAUCCAACUACCACAGUAGAACCCGCAUGCAUACUCCGCAAAUCCAGAG